CGCAUCAAAGGCAGCGUCUCAAAGAAUCCUAAUAGCAUGAUCGUUCUCUGGCUUCUUUUUGUUUACCAGUUUGUGUAUACACCCUCCUGUCGAAAUGACAGCAUCCUGUCCAACGUAGUCAUGAGUGUCGUGUAUGAUAAGUGCGCAGUCAACAUAAAAGCUUGUGAAAAAUACUGUACUUAACUAUGAUGAUUAAGUAAGCAAUAUAAUUGAACAGAAGGUUCUGUUAAUGUUCAUAUAUGAUAGCAAGUGAAUCAAUAGCACAAUGUCAGUAGCAGUUAGCCAUUUGCAUAAUAUUUUUAGCAUGCAAGAUAUAAUAGAACUGGUAAAGCUCCUUCGUCAAAAUGGUGACAAGGUCUUAAGUGCUUCCAGCAAGCUUUCAUUAUCAACAAAACUGCUACAUAGUCUCAAUGAAGCAUUCUCAUUAAUUGUAGUAGAAUCUGAAGACCUGGAAACCUCAUUUCAUGUGUGUAAUAGUUCUAAAAUAGAUAUAUUUCGUGAUGUGAAGUUCCUACAUGAUUUUGUGCAAAAAACUAUUGGUUUAAAAGUAACACACCAUUCAUCUGAUGCUAAAGUUACCAUUGACAUCUCUAAAUUUCGACAUUUAAAGUAUUUAGAACUAAAGAAGGUACCUAUUGAAUUAGUGAAAGGCCUACAGAGUAUCAGAGGUCAAUUAGAAGGCAUUGUUUGUGCUGGAAGGAAAGGAGUAUCCACAAUCAGUCAAUUAUUAGCCGUAUGUGGAGCCGAUGCUGGUGUUGGAUUUGUAUGGGCAUCCCUGAAGCAUUUAGCUUUGCCACAUAAUGUUCUCAAAUGCUUGGAUGAAUCUUUAGAAUUAGCACCUUGGCUUCAGACAUUGGAUUUGAGUCAUAAUAUGAUCACUAGUGCUGAAGAAAUAUCCUGCUUGUCAAACUUAAAGUAUGUUAAUCUAGGCUUCAACAGAUUAGAAAGUAUACCUCUAUUCAACAAGGUAGUGUUACAUUCACUACAAGUCUUAGUGCUGAAGAACAAUUACAUCGACAAUCUAAAUGGUCUUCAAGGUUUAGAAUGCCUGACAGAGCUAGACUUAUCAUACAACUGUUUAACGGAGCAUUCAAUUCUUUGGCCACUUCAAAGGAUGUCUGCACUGUUGUGGAUGUCAUUGGAAGGGAAUCCUCUGUCGUAUCAUCCAAAACAUCGGAUGUUAUCCUUAAAACAUUUGCAUCCGAACUUGUCAAAUAGCAAAUUUGUUUUAGAUCAUCUAUUACUUUCGAAAUCGGAGAAGAUGUAUGUCGCAGAAAAUCGAAUUUUUACAAUGUGCGCAAAUCAAUCCGCAUCAUUGACCAGCACAAUAUCUGUAAAUGCACACGAAUCCAGCGAGAGUGGGUCCGAUCAUCGAAUAGUAUCGUUACCUGAAAACCUAGAAAAGAGUUUAACGAAAAGUAAAAGGAAGUCGAAUUUAAAAGAAGCGAUCAUCGCUGAAGCCGAUCAAGAAAGCGAAGAAUUUAAGCAAUUACCCGAUGUAGUGGCGUCUUCUCAUUUAGAGACGUCGACCGAUCAUCUAGAGACGAAAAAGCGUAUGUUAGCCCUCCGAGAAAAGUUUGGCGAAGACAACUGGUUGAGUAGUCACGCGGGAACUUUUGUUCAGGACAUCAUGGGUUUGCAAUCCGUCUCGCAAUCUGCGACAUUGCCAGUAACGAAGAUACAAACUUUGGCUGAUAUUAAUGUGACAUCGUCUCUUCACGAAUCACUGAUUUACAUGAUGGACAGCGAACAAUCUUUCGACGAGUCCGAGUCACAAGAAAUCGCAGUGCAAGCGGAAGUUGAACAAGAGGAUGUCCCUCAACACGAGGAAACAUUGCUUGACGAAUCUUCGGAAACAGAGGAAACUCAUGCAACCGAGUAUGAUCUUAAAGAAGAAACUGCAGAUGUAUAUCUUGUUCACAAACGAAAGAAUGACGAUGAGAAAGAAUACGUUUUCCUGACAAUAACUCCCACAGAUAUCAAAGAAAGAGAAUCGAACAAUGGAAAAGUUAAAUAUUCUUGGUCGACAAAUUCCGUGCUAUCCUGCGUCUUAGGUAGAAGCAAGUCACCCACAGUUGAUAUUAUUUUUGACACUACGCGGAAAGAUAGAGAGAAUAGGCGGUAUUUUGCAGAACUGAAUGACGCAAAGGAAAUCGUAGCAACGAUCAGCAAACAGCUCGAAGCGCGGCCGAUGUUGUUGAAAAUCUUCAAGUGCAUGAAAUGCUCGACACAGUUUUCGCAAGAUGCGGAAUAUGUGAGGCUCGCUGUUACAUCGACAGGUGCGAAACAAUUCAAGUGUCCCGCUUGUAACAGCAGUCUAGUCAUCGAAACGGAAACUUCGCCUAACGUGGACAAUCAAACGGAAAAUUUUGUGGGUGCCAGUCUGCAACACUCCGAAUCAUUCUCUAGUAUCGGUGGAACGGAAGGUGGAGCUAAAUCCGUCACCACUUCUCUGGUGCACUCCGAAUCUCACAUUCAAGCUCAAGUCUGCUGUUCAGCGACAAGUUUAGAAGAAUCAAGAGGCUCCACACCAUCUGCAAAUAUUCUGACGAAAAAAUACGAGAGCGACAUAGAGAUACUCAGCAACCCCAGCCAAAGUAGCAUCGAGGUUUUAGAUGAAACGCUCAAGACAAAUCUUACACCAAGCCGGAAACGUUCAACUGAGGAAAGGCGAGCCGCGAUAGCUCCUUCUCUAAUAACAAUUCCGGAUGUAACGCCAGUCAUGGCAGGCCUUACGGAGAGUAGUUCUUCCGGUUCGCUGACCGACAGUAUAUGUACAGCAUACGAAAAUAAAAUGACUAAAUCAACAAACGUUGACGCGAAGUCCCAUAGCAGUGACGGCGAAAAGGAAACUGCGUUCACUCCUGUAACAAAUCUGACUUCGAUGUUAGGAGGCUUGCUUCAAAGCAUCAAGAUCGGCAGCAAUAAAAUGUUGAAAGGCGAGGAGGCCUCGAGUUUCUUCGGUAGCAGCGUGCAAUAUUCAUACACCGAUUUCAGCAGUAUAGAUCACAGAAUCAAAUUGCACAUCAUCCUAAAUGUGUUCGAACAUGAAAACGAAGAGCUAGUCCUUCUUCUCAGGGCAGACAUUUUGAUGCAUUCUAUGCAAGAAACGUUUCCUGGAUGCCUAGUGUUAUCUACGUCUAAGGUUUACAUUCUUAGGAUUAAUGGACCAGAAGGAGAGGACCCACAACGGUGGCUUCACAAAGAGGUCAGCUGGACAAUGGAUAGACUGAGAUCAUUUGUACCAUUGCCAUUCAAACAAGGUGUCCUGAUCGAGCUGCAACAACUUGGCAAAACCAAUGAAGAACAUCUGAGCAUCACGUUGCUCUGUAUCCUGCAAGAUUUCCAAAGAACAUCAAACUUUUUAUUCUAUAUCACAGAUUUGCAGUUACCUCCAAGCUGCGAGGUGGAAUUCACCGUUCCGGAGCACUGCAGUACUUUGAUGCACAGUCUAUUGACGAGCACUGCAAAUUAUCAGGCUGGAGACACUGUACGAUUAUUGGCAAUGUUUUCCUCCGCAGUUUUAAAACAGCACAGCGACAUUAUCAAGCUGAAGUUGUCUGGAUUGAUUGUAACAAAUUCUGCACUAGUGAUACUGGAGGACAACGCACAAUGGCUAAUGCCAGACAGCGAUCGAGUCCCCUUAGUUGCCAGAGAGCAAGCUAUGAGCAAUUUAAUCGCGAUAGAACACUAUGACUCCUCGUUAACUUUAAACUUCCUGGAUGAAGUGGCAGGACUCGAGGAAAAUUGGAACUUGGAGUUUGUCUCGUCUGGCGCAGUCGAGGCUGUAAUUAGUUCUAUACAGCCUCCGUGGGAAGAACUGUUCUCAAUACCUUUACAAGUAACUUCACGCACUACACAGGAUAACGUGGAAAAAGUUUAAACGGUACGUGAAUUAAAUCUCUAAUGAAUUUAUCAAUACAAGAAACGAUAUGAUCGUUAAACGAUUUGACUUCCUUAUCAAUCUGAAAAAAAAUUUUUCGACACGAUUUACGUGAUUCGAAUAGAUUUUUUUAUCAUCUUCGAGUUUAUAGAUGCGAAAAUACUUAUAGGACAUUAUGAGAUAUAGAGGAUAAAUUGUUAAUUCAGUGAUAAUUAAGGGGCUGUCGAUAGAAUAUUAAUAUAUCACAAAGUUUCCAGUGGUGCUGUAAAGGCUGGAAUGUUGUUAUUUACAAGUACAUCCAGCUGAAUUUUUGCUUCUGUCGCGUGCAUAACUUUCUAGCUAAAAUUCUUACAUGGAUAUUACAUAGAUAUUUCGUCUAUACUCAUACAGGUUUUAAAAGUUUCGUAACUGUUCUGUCAGUUUGAUAUUUUCACUCAAUGUUAGUUUUUAUCGGGCGCCUCUGACUGUGAUAUGUAUAUUUCAAACUUUAUAUAAUAUAAAUAUACGAGACUUCAAUAUAUAUAUAU